AAUGCACUGCACCUGGCAUGUAUGCAUGGAGAAUUGGAGAUGGUUAAAUGGUUGAUACAUUCCUGUGCAUUAUCUCCAAAAAUUAAAAAUAAUAGAGGAGUCUCUCCAAUCCACAAUGCUAUAUGGGAGAGAUAUCCUGAGAUUGUAGAAUUCCUGGUAGAAUAUGAUGGUAGCCUGAUCUCAAGUUUAGAUGAGAACUCUGGUGAGUUUCCUCUCCAUGCUGCUGUGAGUCGGAAUAAACUAGAGAUUGCUCAAGUUCUUCUGAAACAUGGAGCUGAUGUACUCCAGCCGACAGAACAAGGCAUAUUGAGAGAAGGCCUCGAAGGACGAACUCCCUUACAUAUAGCUGUUGCGAAACAAUCCCUGGAAUGUAUUGAUGAACUAUUGAACUAUCUAGAUGUGGAUUCAGUUCACCCAGAACUGAACAAAACUCCAAUUCAGAUAUUUCUUGAGAUUGAUAAGUUUUAUGCCCGUAUGACGGAUCAUCAUGUAAUGCAGAUAAUGGAAAAAAUGCUUAGCAAAGUUGAUGAUUUGAUGGCUAAUUUUCCCGGGACCUCGGAAAAUCCACUUGAAAGCUGCAUCAGACUUGGAAAAAGUAAAUUGUAUUUUAAUGCUCUAAUCAAGUUGGGAAUCCAAAAAAUCAUCGAUGCUUAUGGAUCAAAUAGACAUAGAAUAAUAAAAUUCACACGCAGUCACCUGUCAGCAGCCUGCAGGGAGAAAAAUAUGGAUUUAUGCAAGGAAAUCAUUGCAUUUUUGAACGAAGGAACUACAUCUACGAAAAAACCUGAUAUUCAUGAACUUGAUCACAUCAUUCACUAUACUGUAAAGAAUCACCAUAUAUUCAGCAAGACAGCACUGAACUAUACAAAUCAGAAUAAUGAUAAAAUCAUAGGACUUGAGUUAUUACAGCUAGAGAAGCAGGUUCACCAGGACAAAAACAAAGGUCUUUACUGUAUAAAGGAGACCCUAGAUAGUGGUCCCCUUCUUUCAUGGAUAAUACAAACAUACAAAGAUUUUUUUCCAGAUAAAAACAAAUCGAAGACCAUUGGUAUUGCUGUCUGGACGUUUAUAAAGGUGGGGCUCCUUUCUUUUCUUCCUCUCCUUUUUGAUCUCAUCUCAGACAUUAAUCUUGCCUCUGACUAUGCAAGGUUUGGUUUCAGUAAUGAAACUGUUGCCAAUGAAGAGAUUAUCUGGAAUUGUACUUCCUCUGUAAAUUCUUCAGCUCUGGAUUCUUCAUGCUUUAAAAAUAACUCCUAUCUCAAGAUUGACGAACUUUAUACAUCUGCUUAUUGGACAACUUGGACAAUUCUAUCAGUUACACUACUUCUCCAUUUGGCUAUAAUAAUAUGGUAUAAUGAAGAUGAUGUAUCCUUUCUUAAAAAUUUCAUAAGAGUGGAAAACAAAUACACUGCACGGGUAAUCCAAUUUGUAAUGGUUUUUUUUGGAAAACUCUUAUGGCCAUUUCGACACAUUUAUUUUGAGGUGAAAUACAAUUGUGCAGAAAAGAAAACAGAGCUGAUUAAUUCAACCAAUGAGAGCAAGACUAUCUGGAAGCUCAUUAAAUCUGUAGAGAGUGGGCUAGAGAACAGUAUCCAGCUGUUGUUGCAAAUAUGGCUGCUCAAGCCAUACUUUGCAGAUAUAAUGAGAUGGAGUAUCCCUGAACUUCUUCUGAGAACCAUGUCUGGAAUUCUGUAUAUUCUUACAUUUGGAUUGUACUCUUCAUGCCAACUCGAGAAGAUGUUGGGAAAAACUGUGUGGUCAACAUUAUCUAUUGGUAUCAGCAUUGCUCUAUUGAAAGCGGAUAAACCGGCACGCAUGGAAUUAUCACAAAUUAUUCCAAUAUGUUUAAGUAUUCUGUGUCAAGUUAUUACUAGAAUUUUUAUAUUUCGCAAUUUAACCCUUGUGGAAUCUGUGACACCGCUGAUCAUAUUUACAUCUCUACAUUUUAUCUUUGUCUUCAUUAUCAAGAUAAUGAACACAACUAAAGAAAUAUGGUCUACAAUCAAAGAUUUGUUCAGAAUCUUUAUAAGUGGUGUAUGCUCAUUAGUAGUUUUAACACAUUUGGAAAGUGGAGAAACCUUCUUUUCACAGACAGCGUUCUUUAUUCUAAUAGCCAUUGAAAAUCUUGUGAUGAUGCUACUUCCUGUGAUAUUCCCUUCUUUAUACCCAGAGUAUACCUGCUAUCCAUACCAGAGUCAUAUCAAUGGAAUUAUUUGUGUUUUCGUUUUGUGGUUUUUUGGAAUAGUAUUCCAGAUUCUCCACUACAAAAUGGCACAUCAAUGGUCAGAUUUAAAUGGAGACAAUGUUAUAAAAAGAGUAAAAGGAUGGUUCGGAUGCAGAGAGGAAGAAAACAGAAACCAAAAUGAGAUUCUCCCCUUGCUUAUUUUAUAGAGCAACACAUCUACUCAAGCUACAGGUCUAGAAAAUGUGGAAAGAUGUGGGAAGGUAACUGUUAAAACCUGCACAUUUUUAUAGUUACAAGUCGUAUCUAAUUCAAUAGUUUUGGAGAUAAUAUGGAUCCAGUUAUUGCUUCAAAUCAAUAUGAAAACUAUUAAUGUUUGUAACAGGUCCUGUAUAUAAUUAUUAUUUUGUUCUUUGAAUAACGUAUUUUGGAAACUGUGAUUGCUACAAGAUCAAUAUGAAAACUACUCAUUUCAGUAACAGGUCCUAUAUUAUUAAAUAGUUUUUGGAUAACUAUGAUUUGGAAUCUGUUAUUAUCACAGACUGAUCAUUAUAAACCUAAACAGGUUCUAUCUUGGUUCAUAGCUGCUUGGAUAACUAUAAUUAUUGCUACAAGAUCACAAAAGACGAAUCAAUUGUCUUCAGCUGAUCCUAUCUUGGUACAAAGUUCUAGGAGAACUAUGAUAUGGAUUUAAUUAUUGCUACAAGAUCACAAGAGACUAUAAAAUGUUUAUAUUACUGUAUCUUCUACUAGUUGUUGGAUAACAAUAUUGGAACCAGUUUUAACCAUAAGAUUGCCCCAGACUAGUCAUUAAAGACUUAAAUGGACUGUUUUUAUCAUUUCAAGUGACCAAUCAUUUAAAGAAGUGGCAUUUCCGAUUGACAAUGAAACCUUUAAAACCUUUAU